AUGAAGUUGCAGGUCAAACCCCUGAAAGGCGAGGCCUUUGACUUAGACGUGGAGCCCGGCACCACAGUCGAGGUGCUGAAAGCCAUGGUGUUCGCACGGAAGCCUGAGAUGCCACCGGAGCAGCAGAAGAUCUUGCACAAGGGCAAGGUUUUGCAGGACGAACAGACCUUGGAGGAGCGCGGGGUGGCUGACGGCGACUUCGUUGUCAUCAUGACGGCGAAGCCGAAGGAGGAGGCAGCACCGCCCCCACCGGCUGCUGUGCCGGAGACCGCCUCCGCGUCCCCGGCGGCCCCGGUGGCCCCGCCAGCGCAGCCGGAAGCACCGGCGGCAGCACCCGCUGCGCCUGCUGCCGUGGCUUGGCGUUGA